UUCAAUUCUCUUACUGUUUACCCUAUUUAUUAUAUUGUGUAAAUAUUUCAAUUGUCUUCCACCUACAAAUAUGUUCAGCAAUCAAGCGAAGUUAUUUUUCCCUCAGUUUCGAUUAUGUGUAAAAUACCUUCAUCAACAACCAGUUUUCUCUGCUCAUCAAAAAGAGUCACAAUCAUCAUCCUCAACUUUCCCUAACCAUCAUGUUUAUCAAAAUAUUUAUCCUUGGAAUCGAUUGGAACAAUUUGUUGACCAUCUAUUAAGUCAAACCUUAUAUUCUGAUAAUGAUAUUAUUGCAAUUGCCAAACCAUUUGGAGUUGGUAUCUACAAUCCAUAUGAUAAGUCAAACCUUCCCGAUAAAAUUGAACCAAAUAUUUUUGGUGAUCCCAGAUAUUGUAUUGCUGACGCUUUGGAGACUCUUUCAGAAAAAUUGAAUACUCCUGAUCUGUCAAUAUGUAUCACUGAAAAUCGUAUAGUCAGUGGUAUUAUUGUGCUGGCCAAGUCUUCCAAGGGCUCAAAACGUACUAAAGAUGCGUAUCUAAGAGGAAAAAUGGCCAAAGAUCAAGUAUUCACCUUCCAUUGUUUAACCCACGGCCCACCGAUGAUGAAAGAACCAAUUGUUGAGGAAAUUGUUGCCAUUCAAGAGAUUUGUGUAAAUGAAAACACCAAACAGAAAGAACCAGAGAUAAUCUACAAUUUAAGCAAAUCACAAAUACGCAGGCGAGAUGAAAUCAGAAGAAUAAAGGCAAUUCUCAAAGUAUUGGACUACAAUUCGAGUUUAAAUGUGGCCUUAGUCGAGAUAAGUUGUAAUCGAACCAAUUAUCAUUUCGUCAGAUGUUAUUUAGCAAGUAGAGCUUGCUAUAUAUUGGGUGAUUCAAGAUUUUCACGUCGAGUUGGUCAUAUUUUAGGUGUACCAUAUUCCCUCAGAGCAGCAAAUAUGAAACCACGAGAAGAAAGUUUAACUAAUGGAAUACGAAAAAUUUUAGACGUACCCAAAAACAAAUCAAUUCCGUUAAUGAUACAUCAAGUCAAAUUAUCAUUGACAAAUUAUACAAAAAAUACCGAUUUAACCAUAGAAAAUUAUACUUAUCCAAAACACUUUAAUUGGACAAUGAACAAACUUUUGACAACAAAAUAUCAAUAAAAUAGUAAUUGUUUCCAAAUUAUAAA